UAGAACCAUCGCUACGGCGUAGACGUGCUACGCAACGCGUGUGCAACUUCGCAACUUUCGAACGAAUACGGGUUUUCAUCUAACAACCAUGAGUUGUUCCCGGUGCAUGGUGGUGUUCGCGGCCCUGGUGCUGGUAAUUGGGGCUACCGCGUCUCCCGUCAGGCGUUCACCAGACCUCGAGGCGCGCCGCAGAAGUGCCAUCGACCGCAGUAUGAUUAGAUUUGGAAGAUCAUACCCCCCCGAACCCUCGGCAGCUGACAUUCGAGACGCAUUCCGAACUCGUCGCGGCAACAGUUUCCUCCGGUUCGGCAGGUCGCAACCCAUGACCCUCACCAGUGAUGACCUGAUCUCCCUCCUCCGAGCCUACGAAGAAGAUUACGACAGCCCUGUCUCCAAGAAAUCCGCCAGCUUCGUCCGCUUCGGCCGCGACCCUAGCUUCAUCAGGUUCGGAAGGUCUGCUGAUGAUGAGAAGGUCGCCUUUGAAGCCCCAGCCGGCAACACCUACCCCCAGAGGAAACACAGGGCGCGAGACCACUUCAUAAGGCUGGGAAGGGAUAGCGAGGAACUUAAUGAGGAAAACUUCGACGAGGACAUGGAAAGCAGAAGGAAGCGGGCCGCGGAAUGCAGCGAUUGUGCGUAAAUUUCUUAACCAGUUCCCGAUUGACAGCUAUCCCCUAUCAAACGCAGUAUUUGUGGGUGAGAUUUAAGUCCCAAAAUCAUUCUCAUUCUCUUUAAACGGCUGACAUCUUCUAAGGCUAAGU